UGUUAAUAUAAUGCCAAAUAUGAUUUUGUGUCCACCAGGCCGGAAUUUUCACCGAAGAGCGAAGGAAUGAUUCCACAAUGGACCGAGCACGCCUCAAAAAACACAUCAUAUAACACAUAGCCGACGUCCAAGGUAUCAAUCGAAUCCCUAUUGGCUUCAAGAAGCAUCAAACGGGGGUAACCAGGCGAGGAUGACACCACAAGGCGUGUUGCUGUCGCAUUCGGAUUCACGUCAGCAUCCAUUGCCGUAAGCGCAGACAAGUUGUCUUGUCAUCACGGAAUGCUUGUAUCAGCGCAAAGCUACGAUGUAAAGUUACACUAGAGCAAAGAAGGCGAACAUCUCAGCCGCUAAGAUCUCUUGUGUUCGCCUUAGUCGAAGGGAUCUCUUGUGAGAUUUUAGUACUCACUAGCCUUUUUGACCUCCCCGGAAGAACAUGGAGACUACCAAGCGAUUCGGCGGUUCGCCGGUUCACAGAUUAUAUUGGUGGUAGAUUUGGUCGAUGAUACACGGGGAACAGAUACGUACCGACGUACGUAUGAGAAGUAAAAGAGAAAAUAACCUGCGCUCUGAUACUAAGAUGUACGAGAUAUUAUAUUUUGAGGAGAAAGACCAACAAUUUCUUUUUCGAUAUUUACUUCAUUGCCCCAGGGGAAUAUUGAUCAGUAUGGCUUCCUCGUCCUCCGUCCCGAAUGGCACUUCUUCUCCUCAAGACCAAAACGACACAGUCGGUCACGGGACAAGGCUUCUUCCCCAAGUCCUGGAUGGCCUUGCAUCUACAGACCCGAACCAUGUUUUGGCAAUGUCUGCAAAGGUUGAUAUAUCCGAGGGCUUCAAUUCAUAUACGGCCUUGCAGCUCUCCCAAGCUGUGAACUACACUGCACACUGGCUAGAAUCCCAACCCAGCUUGUCUCAUACGAUUGCAUAUAUCGGCACCCAGGACUUCAGAUAUUGGGUCAUGGAGAUUGCUGCUAUCAAGAUCGGGCAUCCGCUGCUUCUUCCAAGCCCUAAGAAUGCCCUUCCAAACACAGUGUCGCUGCUUGAAGCCACCAAGUGUGGCAUGGUAUUUUACUCUGGCAAUUGCAAGGAACAGUGCAUCCAGCUGCAAAGCCUCGUGGCAAGCCUGCGGAUUGUGGAAGUUCCGGACCUGGAUGAAAUGAUAAAUACUCCGUCUAAGCCUUACUUAUACACCAAGACUUGGGAAGAAGCAAAAGAUGAUGUUGUCAUGAUAGUACAUACAUCAGGCUCGACAGGUGCCCCGAAGCCCAUAUACUAUACAAAUAAGGUUUUGGCCUUUCCGGAUGCUUCCUACCGCAACCCGUCAAUACCAGGACGAAUGUCGCUAAGUUUAUACAGCAUGAUUGCAAAGAACAAGCCAUUUCUGUCAUCCACUCCAUUCUUCCAUCUAAGUGGAAUAUUCUUCGGCGUCUAUGCGAUAUUUUGCCCAGCAAUUUCAGUGAUUGGCCCACCAGUUUGUCCGCUGACAGGAAAGAUGGUUGUUGAAAUUGCGAAGAGGAUUGAACUAGAUGGCAUCAUCAUGGUUCCAAACAUGUUCGAUGUUGUAUUCUCGGAGUACAGAGAUGAGAUACGCCCAUAUCUGGGUUCGUUGCGACAUAUAUGCUGGCUGGGAGGUCCAUUGGCUUUUAGCACUGGAGAAUGGAUUGUUAACAACACCAAUGCAGAUCUCUGGCAGGUAUUCGGCUCCACGGAAGUCGGCGCUUAUUUUAUGAUGUCGCCCCCAAAGUCCCACUGGCAGUAUAUGGAGUUCCACCCCAUCACAGGACCGUCAGUAGAGCAAACCGCUCCAGAUUCCGAGCUAUACGAAGUUGUGUCCCGGCGGCAGCCCGACCCAAACCUCGCUUGGUCUCGCAUGGUUUUUGAUGUCUUUCCUGACAUAGAUGAAUGGCGAUCAAAGGAUUUGGUGAGCCGAUGCAAAGACCCCGGCUUUGAGCACUUGUGGAAAUACGAGGGCAGGGUCGACGAUAUAAUCGGCCUCAGCAACGCAUUAAAAGUCAACCCAGUGCACAUCGAAACGAGCUUGCAAAGCCAUCCAUCGUUGAAAGGGGCAUUGGUGUUUGGAUGGGAUCAUACGAAAUGCGGGAUAUUGCUUGAACCAAAGGACCCGAAGAUUGCGGCGGAUGCUCUGAUUGAGGAGGUUUGGCCAGCGCUGGAGAGCGCAAAUGCACUUGUUCCGGAGCAUGCAAGGAUUCCGAAGAACUUGGUUAUUGUUAGCGAUCCCGAAAAGCCGUUUCACAGGGCUAGCAAGGGUUCGGUUGUGCGAUUGUUAACUACGAAAGAGUAUGCAAGUGAAAUUGAGGACGUGUAUCGUGCAGCUGCAUGAGGGAG